ACGAGUUAAUCGAAUGAUAAGCUUUUACAUGCCUAUAAAAGAGGUUCUUUCCUACUCACUAUUAUUAGUUAUCAAUUUAUCGAGUGCGAGGUAAAGAUAUAUCAUUAAAAGAUCCAUUGGACAGUUUGUUCACGAUGAAAGGAAACUUUGGUUUGAUCGCAGUAUUUGCGAUCAUCCUAGCCGCAGUAAAUUUAGAAGCAGCCCCUAAGCAGGCAGCACCUACAGUAUGCCCAAGUGAAGAUUCUCUCGAGGAAACGGUUUUAUUAGCUCAUGAAUCAGAUUGCAGCAAAUUUUAUGUUUGCUUUUUAGGUGAAAAAAUUUUGAAAGAGUGUCCGUACAGUAACAGUAGAGGCGAUAGGCUACACUUUAAUCCUCUACUUCAGGUAUGCAUACAGCCAGAGAAUUCGAACUGCAAAUCUACAAAUGAAGAAAAUAUACCUGAAGUAUCUAUAAAGGAUGCUCAUUUAAUGGAAGAAGUUCCUCCAUCAUCUAAAAUAGUUUCAUCAUCAACGUAUACUCAGGGUGUCCCAGAUCAUUGUCCUUCAGAUGAUUUCGGAAAACUUGUACAUUUGCCCCACGAAACAAAUUGUUCCCUAUUUUACAAAUGCAACAAAGGUCAAAAAAUACUUCAGAAGUGUCCACCAGGAUUACAUUUCAAUCCAGUGAUGCAAAUAUGUGAUCUGCCAGAAAAUGCUAAAUGCAAGAACAAACUAGACAAUAAAGUAGACGAAAAUCAAGAUUUAUUAAAAGUUAAACAAUCAAUUAUUUCUCAAUCAUUAGAAACAGAAAUUAUUUCAACAACUCCUGGCAGUAUCCCAGAUCAUUGUCCAUUAAAUGAUACUGGUGAAGUAGUACAUUUGCCUCACGAAACAGAUUGUACGCUAUUUUAUAAAUGCAACAAAGGUGAGAAAAUAAUUAACCAGUGUCCACCAGGCUUACAUUUCAAUCCAACUUUACAAGUUUGCGAUCUGCCGGAACAUGCUAAAUGCACCAGCAAACCAGAAAAUAAAGAAGACAAAAAACAAGAUUCAUUAAAAGUUAAACAAUCAAUUAUUUCUCAAUCAUUAGAAACAGAAAUUAUUUCAGCAACUCCUGGCAGUAUCCCAGAUCAUUGUCCAUUAAAUGAUACUGGUGAAGUAGUACAUUUGCCUCACGAAACAGAUUGUACGCUAUUUUAUAAAUGCAACAAAGGUGAGAAAAUAAUUAACCAGUGUCCACCAGGCUUACAUUUCAAUCCAACUUUACAAGUUUGCGAUCUGCCGGAACAUGCUAAAUGCACCAGCAAACCAGAAAAUAAAGAAGACAAAAAACAAGAUUCAUUAAAAGUUAAACAAUCAAUUAUUUCUCAAUCAUUAGAAACAGAAAUUAUUUCAGCAACUCCUGGCAGUAUCCCAGAUCAUUGUCCAUUAAAUGAUACUGGUGAAGUAGUACAUUUGCCUCACGAAACAGAUUGUACGCUAUUUUAUAAAUGCAACAAAGGUGAGAAAAUAAUUAACCAGUGUCCACCAGGCUUACAUUUCAAUCCAACUUUACAAGUUUGCGAUCUGCCGGAACAUGCUAAAUGCACCAGCAAACCAGAAAAUAAAGAAGACAAAAAACAAGAUUCAUUAAAAGUUAAACAAUCAAUUAUUUCUCAAUCAUUAGAAACAGAAAUUAUUUCAGCAACUCCUGGCAGUAUCCCAGAUCAUUGUCCAUUAAAUGAUACUGGUGAAGUAGUACAUUUGCCUCACGAAACAGAUUGUACGCUAUUUUAUAAAUGCAACAAAGGUGAGAAAAUAAUUAACCAGUGUCCACCAGGCUUACAUUUCAAUCCAACUUUGCAAGUUUGCGAUCUGCCGGAACAUGCUAAAUGCACCAGCAAACCAGAAAAUAAAGAAGACGAAAAACAAGAUUUACCAGAAAUUAAAGGAACAUCUAGUGCGGCUCCUGAAUCAUCGACAAGAGUUCCAGCUUCAUCGACUCCUGGCAGUAUCCCAGAUCAUUGCCCACCAGACGAUUCCGGUAAUGUAGUACAUUUGCCUCAUGAGACGAAUUGUUCGCUGUUUUACAAAUGCCACGAAGGUCAAAAAAUUGUCCUUCAAUGCCCACCUGGCUUAUAUUUCAAUCCAACUUUACAAGUUUGCGAUCUGCCGGAACAAGCGAACUGCAAAAGCAAACCAGGCGAUAAAGAAGACGAAAAACAAGAUUUACCAGAAAUUAAAGGGACAUCUAGUGCGGCUCCUGAAUCAUCGACAAGAGUCCCAGCUUCAUCAACUCCUGGCAGUAUCCCAGAUCAUUGCCCACCAGACGAUUCCGGUAAUGUAGUACAUUUGCCUCAUGAGACGAAUUGUUCGCUGUUUUACAAAUGCCACGAAGGUCAAAAAAUUGUCCUUCAAUGCCCACCUGGCUUAUAUUUCAAUCCAACUUUACAAGUUUGCGAUCUGCCGGAACAAGCGAACUGCAAAAGCAAACCAGGCGAUAAAGAAGACGAAAAACAAGAUUUACCAGAAAUUAAAGGAACAUCUAGUGCGGCUCCUGAAUCAUCGACAAGAGUCCCAGCUUCAUCAACUCCUGGCAGUAUCCCAGAUCAUUGCCCACCAGACGAUUCCGGUAAUGUAGUACAUUUACCUCACGAGACAAAUUGUUCGCUGUUUUACAAAUGCAACGGAGGUCAAAAAAUUGUCCUUCAAUGCCCACCUGGCUUAAAUUUCAAUCCAACUUUACAAGUUUGCGAUCUGCCGGAACAAGCGAACUGCAAAAGCAAACCAGGCGAUAAAGAAGACGAAAAACAAGAUUUACCAGAAACUAAAGGAACAUCUAGUGCGGCUCCUGAAUCAUCGACAAGAGUCCCAGCUUCAUCGACCCCUGGCAGUAUCCCAGAUCAUUGCCCACCAGACGAUUCCGGUAAUGUAGUACAUUUACCUCACGAGACAAAUUGUUCGCUGUUUUACAAAUGCAACGGAGGUCAAAAAAUUGUCCUUCAAUGCCCACCUGGCUUAAAUUUCAAUCCAACUUUACAAGUUUGCGAUCUGCCGGAACAAGCGAACUGCAAAAGCAAACCAGGCGAUAAAGAAGACGAAAAACAAGAUUUACCAGAAACUAAAGGAACAUCUAGUGCGGCUCCUGAAUCAUCGACAAGAGUCCCAGCUUCAUCGACCCCUGGCAGUAUCCCAGAUCAUUGCCCACCAGACGAUUCCGGUAAUGUAGUACAUUUACCUCACGAGACAAAUUGUUCGCUGUUUUACAAAUGCGUUGGAGGUGUCAAAGUAAUUCAACAUUGUCCAGCAAGUUUACAUUUCAAUCGGGUUUUGCAAGUCUGUGAUCGGCCAGAACAUGCUGAAUGCACGAACGAAAAGGAAGAUAAAAAUUAAAAUGUAGCUUACUAAUUACCACAUCAAGUACCGUAUGCCCUACUUUUAAUAUUCUUGAAUAUUUGAAAGUAUUACAUGUUGUCUUAAUAUUUAACGUUUGUAAUUAUCGGUCUCUGUAGCAAAAUACGAAGUACCUAUUGUAACAAAGAUAUAAAUAUAUAUAAUAUACUAAUUUGAAUUUGUAAUCAUA